AUGUUUAAACAAUAUUUUGAAGAAGCAAGAUUAAGCAAUUCUCUUACUGAAUUGGUUAUUCCUGCUGCAAAUGAAAACUAUACGCAUUUAUUUACCAAAUAUGAUGCCAAUGAAAACUAUACGCAUUUAUUUACCAGAUAUGAUGCCUGUAAAAAUAGUAGAAAUAACGAGAUAAAUAACACUUUUGUUGACACGUUAAUGGCAACAACAGCUGCACCUACAUUUUUUCCACCUUAUAAAAUCGGUAAUAAGACUUUUAUGGAUGGAGGGAUACAUCUUAAUAACCCAGCAUCAACUGCUUAUAGUGAGGCUAUCCGAUAUAAUGUGCCAGAGGAAAAGAUUUCUGUACUUUCUCUAGGUACAGGAUGUUAUUUACCAGAUCCUUCAAAUGCAGAUCAAUAUAAUUUACUUUUUUGGGCACAAAAUAUUCCUAAUUUCACGAUAUUUGCACAAGAAAGUAAUACGGAUCGUGAAAUGUACACCAAGUUAAAAGAUCGUUAUCAAGGAUGGCAAGUAUUUUUUGAGGAACCUAUAGGAUUAGUUGACCAUGAUAGUAUUCCUGCUCUUUUGGAGUUAGGCUAUCAAUAUAUAGAAGAGCUUGAUUGUUCUGAUGAAAACCCUAUCAACAAGUUG